GUUUUGUUUUUUAAAACUACAAAAACAUUAAAUUUAAAGACAUUGAAAUGAAUUUCAAAGAGAGUUUAUUUACAACUAAAUUGACACCAUUUUGGAUGGCUUUUUCUUUGAUUUUACAAGUGUUAACACUUGAGAAAAAUUGUUCUUCAUGUGAUGAAUUUACACCUUUAUGUAUAAGUAAUUUUUCAAGAGUUUUGUACAAAUUUUCAAAUGAACAAAAAUAUCUUUGUGAAUCAAAACAGUUAUGCUUUCAUGAAAACUCUACUGAUUCUGUAACCUUGCAACAUAAACCCUUGUAUAUUCUCAAAAAUCAAAGUCUGACAUUUAGUGUGGAUUUGUUUUUAAAUAACACUUUACAACUUUAUAUAUUUAAUGAGAGUUUUUAUUCUGAUUGGAAUCAAUGUAACACAAAAAAUAUGUCUCAAAUCCUUUUUUUUUCAAAUGACCAUUAUCUGCAAAUGCCUAUUCUUAAUAUUGGAAAACAUUAUAUUUUAUUUAAUACAAGUAAAGAAGUAUGUUUAAAUGGUCUAAGAAUACAAGUAAAUGUAAUUGAUCAUAACUGUUUUAACAGUAGUAAUAAUCCAACUAUGUUGUACAUGUGUUCUUCUAAUGGAAAAUGCACAUACAAUGAAUCACUAAAUAUCUACAUGUGCAAGUGUUGCCCAGGUUUUCUUGGACAAUAUUGUGAGAAUAAACAGGAUGUUCAAAACUUAUAUCAGAAUGUUUUUGACUUGAAAGAAAGUGAAGUUGAUGACUUUUUUAAAAAAAGGAUAGAAUGUAUUACCUGCUUUAAAAUAGACAACAAGAUUGCAUCAGAUGUUGACUCUGAAUAUGACUGCACGUUCGAUAAAAGAUUAAAAGAUAACAACAUUGAAGAUAUUAAAGGUCUCCUAGAUGAAGUUGCAAUAAAGUAUAACCUUUUUUGUAAAGGGAAUAGUUCAUUUUCAGUUGUCAUCUUAAAUGAAAGCAUAACUUUUGAUCAAUUUAACAGAAGCAAUAUAAAUUUGAACAGUUCAUGCUCUAAUUGCCAAUGUUAUCAAAAGUAUCUAAAAAAACUGUUGGAAUGCAAAACAGUUGAUAGGCAUAUUAGUUUUGUUACAAGCAAAACAUCGUUACUUGAACCUGCUCUUGUUAAUAGCUCUCAUUCAUUAAAUCUAUUAUCAUCAAGUGCUCUUUUUGGUGUAACAUCUGAAAACAUCUUUCCUAAAAUAGUUACUUGGUCUACUGUUGAAGCGCUUCACUCAACAGCAUUAUUAUCAUCAUUAACUUUGUAUAGGUCACAAGUAAAUUUAAUGUCUACUCCAUCAUUGACUGCAGGACACUUGUAUCAAUCAUGGCCUUCAGUUUUUGCUUCAAAAAAAUUUCAUUUCAGUUCUUCUGUGACAUUAAAUCUCUCGUUUGAAACUAUUAAUCCUUCUAGUAGCUUAAAGCAAUCUACAAUCUACAGAGCGUUGAUUUUUGACAGCUUUGAAAAUUCUAUUACAGAUGCUGAACAACCAGAUUUUGACAGUUUAGGUAGGGUAACCAUUCAAGCAAAUGCAAGUUUUUCAAGUAAAUCUUCCUUCUAUAAUGGUUCUCAAAGUCAUUCUUGUUGCAUGAGUAGUAUUGUAGAUCAAACUACUAAUAUUUUAAAAGAUUUAAAACAAGCUUCUUUAUUUAUUUCAGAGUCAAUAAAACAAUCACUUACAACUACAAAUUCGAUUAGUUUAUCACAAGAAGAGAUUCCUGAUUUACAGUUAUGUUUGUAUCCUUGUUUUAAGAAUGCAUGUUUAAAUAAUGGAACAUGUUUUGUAGAUGCAAGUAAUAUUUUGGGAUUUAGAUGUGCGUGCAUAGACAAGUUCACUGGUAGAUUUUGUGACCAAUUAAAAGACUAUUGUCUAAAUGAUCCAUGUAAUGGAGGUUUCUGCAUAUCAAUAAAUGGUGGCUUCAAAUGUUUAUGCCAGUUUGGUAAAACCGGGGUACAUUGCUUACAAGAUUCUUUAGUUGGCAUACCACUAUUUUCUGUAUAUCAAAACUACUCAUCUUUUAUUAAAUACUCGUGGAAUAGCACUGGGGAUUUAGUUCUGCAAAGACUUGAAAUACAGCUUCAGUUCAAGAGAGAUUCAGAUAAAAAGACGGGAGAGUUGCUUAUUUUUUCUGAAAAAAAAGGUGGUAUCUUCUUUGCUGUUGGUAUUCAUGACAACUUUAUUACUGUUAUCUUCAAUUUUGGAAACGGUGUCAGAAUUGUAAAGAGUCAUGAUGAGCUAUCUGUAUCACGAGUAUGGCACUAUUUGGUCACUGGAUAUUCAGGGCAACAGGUUUAUAUUUUCAUUGACAAUCAGCCAAAGGUUUUAUAUACAUGUUAUGAAAAGUUAUCUUAUCUUGAUUUUACCAGUGCAUUGUUUAUUGGUGGAAUACCAUUUAAUGCUAUUCUUCCAAAAUCUGUGCUUUUAUUUUUCUCCUCUGGGUUUAUAGGAGCACUUUAUAAACUUAGUCUUCGCACUGAUAAUCCCUAUUUUACACCUAUACUAUUUAAAAAACUUCAAAAUGAUUUGACAGAAACUACAAAUAUUCAAUUAGAGAAUAGCUUGGGCAUUGUUAUGGAGGCUCAAAGUUGUCAAAAUCAGUUGUGUAACAACAAUGGAUCAUGUCAUGAACAAGAAAAUGUAUUUUACUGUAUUUGUCUUCAUCCAAACAAAGGAAUACUCUGUCAAGACACUGUACUUCCAUGUGUUGAAUAUAAUCCUUGUCAUCCAAGUUCAGCUUGUUAUUCGGAUAAUAAUUUUGACAUAAAUUGUGAUUGUGCUUUUGGCAAAUCAGGAUUGUUUUGCCAAACUAAUCUUGUUAUUUCAAUACCAUUUUUUAAUGAUAAGUCAUAUUUGCUUUUGCCUGGUUUAAAUAUUGCACUGUACACCUCAAUGGAAAUGUAUUUUAGACCUGAUAAGAUAAAUGGUCUCUUAUUUUAUGUAGCAAAUAAUAUGAAUGUGUCAAGUUCUGGAGAUUUUCUUGCAAUAGGAUUGUAUAGUGGAUAUGUUCUUGUUCGCUUCAACCUUGGCAGAAAUACUGUCACUUUACUAAGUCGCACAUGCGUGACUCCUAACAACAUCAAUAGAUUGCAUUUCCAGAGAAUUAACAAUCAGGCUGUCAUGAAACUUAAUGAUGAUAUAUAUGUUGGAGUGCGAUCAUCUCCAUUAGCUGUUUCUCUAGAUGUUAAUAGUAAUUUUUAUAUUGGAGGAGUGCCUGACUUUUCAGUCAUUAAUACUGAUAUCUCAAGUGAAAUCAAAUCAAAUUUUGUUGGUUGUAUUACUCAUUUCAAAGUAAAUGAUAAAUUAUAUAUGUUAAAUUCAUCAAAUACAGAUAUUGUUGGAAGAAAUAUUGGUGAAUACAAUUCAUGUAUAAAUAACAAUUGUCUGAAUAAUGCAUCCUGUAGCGCUGAAGCUGAUUACAGUUACAGGUGUAAUUGUUUGUUGGGAUUUUCAGGCGUAUUUUGUGAAGAAGAAUUGAAAACAAUGACAGUGGCAUCUUUUGAUGGAAGCGGCUAUUGGAUGGGUCAAAUUGAAACUGUGAGAGCAUCAUUACAUAACAGUUUUGCACUAUCAUUCCGUAGUACUAAUGAUGGUCUUUUAUUUUGGUACGGGCGUCUUCAGGAUGAUUAUGGAGAUAUGAUUUCAGUGGGGUUGUAUAAUGGCACUAUUAAUGUCAGGUACCUGAUAGAUGGUAAGGAAGUUUCUUCUUCUACUGAACAGCUGUUUAAUGAUGGGGCUUAUCAUAGGAUACAUAUUUUGAGAAAUGGCAAUGCUAUUUUUGUUUGGAUCAACUUGAAUAAACCAGACUUGGUAGUAAGUCAUUCAGCCCAAGUUUCAUUCGUCACAGAUGGUUACAUAUAUAUUGGAGGCUUACCUGGAGAUGUAUAUGCACUUUCUGGCCACCGCUUCAUGCAAGGAUGGAUUGGAUGUAUUGCUAAUGUUACUUUAUCUAACGAAGCCUCUUUUAUUAACUUUGCUGAUAAGGAAAUUGCUUCUGGUAAAAAUGUAAAGCCUUGUAGUUAAAGCUGCUAAAGGACCGUAGAUUUUGUUUUUAAGCGUGUAUGGUAUCUGCAUUUUUACGGUGAUAACCUCGAUUGCAGAUUAGGGUUUAUUGGUUAUGAUCUUGUGCCCUAAACAUGUUGGUCCUAAUUUUGGUUUAAUUUUACAUAUCCAUUCAAACACGAGACGUAUCCAAUACAAUUUGGUUUUAUUUAUCUCUUUAAUGUUAAACAAAAAGACACGACGUGAGCAAAGAAUAAAGCCUUGUGAAGAUAAAUUAUAGCUGAAUAUAAAAUUCAACUGUAAAAUGUGUUUAAAUAUUUAUGUUGUAGUAUUUUUCAUUAUAAUAUAU